AUGCCGGACGACCUCCAAGCAAUCCUAGCCCGCCAUAACUUCAAAGGCAUAAAUGUCGCCAAUUUCUCGCCACCGCGUGCCCACGUCCCUGCUCCCUCACGUCAACCAUAUCAAUAUCCUGCUCCUUUGUCCCAGGCUCAGUAUCCAUGGUCAGUAGGGGGCUCGGUUGGUGCGGGAGGCGGAAGUGGAAGUUCUGGGGGAAUGCAAGGAGCCAGUAUGAGGCCAUCUUUUGCUUGGGGAGCUCCCCCACAUCCACGGUAUACGAUCGAUCCGAGACACUAUAGUUAUGACAUCUGGGGGAAAGCGCCGGUUUAUUCUUUGACGGGGGAGGACGAGGAUGAGGAAGAAGUGGAUGAUGAAGGAGAGGUCGACAUAGGAGGAGUAGAGGAUGGGAUGGUAGUGGAGGAGACUGUAGAAGUGGCAACAGAAGCUAGCGAAAGUAUAGAAGUCGACCAAAUUAUAGAGGACACAGCACAGCAAGCACCAGGAGAACGGGCAAGGAUGAGCACUACAGCUCCAGAAGAGUCAACACUCUUGGACACUACUGUCGAGACAGCAGGCGAACAUUCCGACACUGAGAUCGUUCUGGCUGAGCAGCUGCUUCCUGGACUUUCGGAGGCAGAAGCGCCCUCUGGACCUACACUGGUCUCUGCCGCCGGUGGAGAAGAAGCGGCCCCACCUGUCGAGUCAGCUCCGGACCCAGAUGAGACUGAACCUGAAGCCUCACCAGGAAGUGCAACGCCCGCUCCGUCAGAAGGAGAAGAUCCAGAAUCAGAGGCAUCUUACGAGACCCAGGCAUCAGAUACUGUUGCAAAUACUGCUUCAGAGGAUAAUAUAGAGGCUGUGAGCACUUCCUCCGAGAUGGCAGCACCCGAAAAUUCUGUAUCUUGGGAGCCUGGUGUUGUGCUGGACGACAAGUCGAGAAACUCACCAGCCGACGAUGUGAUCGUAACCCAAGAUCCAGCGUCUACAGUGGCAGACCAGACAGAGAGUAUAGAGCAGGAUCCGAGUAUGAAUUCUGCAGAACCUCCCGUCGACUCACCUGCUCAAAGUAUAGAAGACGUUACUGAAGGCUCCGAGCCGCCUGCAGCUGUCCCGAAGGAGGACGUCUCACCAGAAGAAGACAUUUCUCUGCAGGACCCGCCAGCUGCUUCAGACUCCACAUCUUCAGACGGAAAUAUAACCCCGGACGCGGAAUCGCAAGCCCUUGCCGCUGCUACAUCAGAAGCAGGCAAUAUAGUCACAGAAGAGCCCAACAUCGAAGCAGUCGAUGGCACUGACCUUCUAACCGAGGCAUCAGACGAACCUGCCGUCCAAAUCAUUGACGUUGGAGGCGAUGGUGCCACUGACGACACAGCUGCUAUACUCGUCCUCGACAUACUUGCCUCCGAGCCUUCCGAGAACGAUAAUAUAGACGGACCUCCGCCUCCCCCUCCAGCGCCCCACGUAACCAUUGCCGAACCCAUCAGACCCUCGAAGCACAGCGGCAAGGGAAAACCCGGCAAGCCCAAGUCUUGGAAGUCUCAGCCGACCGAGAAGCCGAAAGAAAAGGCUGUUGAGAUUAUCCCACUUCGAGAAGGAAAAGUCAAGGCAAGCUCAAAGGGCAAGAGUAAGAACAAGAGGGUUAAGGGCAAGACGGCGGAGACGGCGGUGAGUGUGGUUGAAGAGGAAACAAUACCUCCGCCGCCACCGAUUAUAGAAGUGCCACCUCCUGCGCCGUCGCCACCGCCGCCCGGGGAGCUUAUGGAGGUUGUGGUUGAAGAAUUGCAGGUCGUCAAUGCAGACGCUCAGAAAGAACAGAGCAAAGAUGUUGUUGCGGAAGACGGACCCUCUGCGUCACCUUCAGCUCACGAGACCGAUACCGAAAAGAUCGCGAAGCCAACCGAGAUUCCCAACGAAACGGUAGAAGCACUACCUGCUGAUGAGAUAAAUGCCACACCACCUAUCGAAGCCGGCGAAGAGGUCGAUAGUAUAGAGGAUACUCAAUCCGAAGAGCCUCCUGUUGUCGCCGUUCCAGACGAUAAAGAGACAAGCGAUGACACUGCCGGUGCUGACAUUACCCUGUCAUCUGUACCAGACGCCCAAGUCAUGGAGCCCACUGAGGCCGGCGUCGAGGGAAUAGAGAGCGCUGCAAUUACACUCCAGACACCACCACUUGAUGCUGAGCUAGUAGACAUGAAUUUGCGCGCUGACGGCGAAGUGGAAGACGGCGAGUCUCAUGUCUCUGCUGCUUCUGUGGCGGAUACUGAGGAUGUUCUGUCGUCUCAUUCGAGUACCGAUGCGCCCGAUUCGCCUGCGAAGAAUUCCGAAAGUAUAGCUACCGAGCCGGCUGAGUCUGCUGAAGCGGAUGCUGCAGGACGUUCAACCGAGACCGAUGUUCACAUUCCUACAAGCGGUUGUGUAGACGGUGCUGUGGGCGGACCGGACAAUGUAGGUGUCUUGGAGAUUCGGGAAACACUGAAGGAAUCAAUAUAUGAAGGCCCUCGAGACGACGGUGCCGGCGAAACUAAUGCUGCAGAGUCAGCAGAGUCGAAGCCAUCUGAUGGGCCAGCAGCUAUAGAGGGUCACGCUCUCGAGACCGCAGGGACUGUCUCUCCAGCCAAAAUCGAUUCGAGCGACACGGAAAGGAUUGUUGAUCAAGCUGCGCCAUCUGAUGGACUACCUUCUCCCACCACAGAGAUUGGCGCCGAGCGUACUCCUAAUCUGCCGGAGUUGUCAUCUUCCGUAUCACCGGCCGAGGCGGAUGUAGAGCCAAAGCAUGACGGCGAGACAGCUCUUAUAUGCCACACCUCAGCACAAGGGAUCACCAUAGCGGAGGCCGAGUUCGUCGAGGGAGACGUGUUUGAUCAGGUUGUUGGCGAAGUUGGUGGCAGUGCUGAUAAAGUUGUGGUUGUAAUACGUCCGGACGAGGAAGACACUGUCGCGGUGCCGCCUGAGGCACCAAUGCCUCCUGGAAACAUUGGAACGGAUGGAGACGACGAUGAUCGGGAUGAAGUCGAACACGUUGCAGAGACUCAACCACUAGAGACGAAGGACGAUAUGUGCGAGGAGGGUAGGAUGGACUCAAGAGCCGAGAUGGACGCUGCGGAGAGUCAAGCCGAAGCUACAAUUGAACUGGCUCCGACACAAGUGGACUCGGACGGCCCGGAACAGGUUACCGUCGACGCGAUUGGCGGAGCUGCUCAUUUUAUAGAGCCGAACGAGGAAGCUACCAGUGUGCCUCCAGGCGGCGAAGAGAGCAGUGUAGAUGCACGAAGCGCUACUCCGGCGACGAUGCACGAGGAAAAUGUUGAUGCAAGCGCACACAGCGGAAAGAGCACAGCUUCUGAGGACUUGGACUCAUCUGAGAAUGCGACUCAAGUCAUAGCACUACUUCCUGGCGACGAUUCCGACGCAGGCGACGCGGCAGACGACCAGCAAGCAACAACGACUCUAGAGUCCAUGUCCGAUAAAUUGAACUCAGCUGACAAUGUCGAAUCACCAAUCGAACUCGAGAGGAAGUCCAUGGACGCUGGCGAGAACCAAGAAAUAGCAGCAACAAUACAAGAAAAUAAACCCGAAGAAGUUGCAAGUGUGACAGGCGAUCUCAAUCCAAGAUGCGAAGAUCCUGCAACGAGUCAUGACGAUGCUCUCCAGCCCGGGCAACAGCAAGAAAUUCUUGGUUCUCCAGUCGUUGAAGUCACAAGCCAGCCUGUGAUGGACGAGACUGAGGUCGAAAACCCUGCUGUUGAACUUGCCGCUGUGCAAGAUGGUACUUUUUGCGAGCAAUCGAGCGACCCUGUCAUCGGAAUACUUGCUUGCGACGAGGUUGCUAUUCAAGAAAGUAUUGACGGAAACACCAGCGAGCCGAUAGCUGGCGACUCUACCGGUGAUGAAGCCUGUGAUACCACAAUCGAACCGUCUCCUACAAAUGCUGUGGACACUGCUCCUGCGUCAGAAACUUCCAGCCCACCCGAUGAAGCUACAAAUCAAUAUAUGUUGGAGCUUCCAGAAGACCGAAUACUCGAAGCUGACGAUGCCACACCCUCAACGACACGAGUUUGUCCGGAGACGGAGCGAAGUGCCUGCCACGAAUCCUCUGAGCAGAUGGUGCCUGAAAGUGUACAACAAGUUGAAGCCGCCAGCAUACACGAAGGAUCACUGCAAGGAGAUCUUUCCAUGGCGCGAGACGGGGAGACCGCAGAGCUUGUACCUGUUGAAUCAUUGAAUGACGAGACACCGAAUCCUGACUAUAUACCCAGACCCACACAAGAAUCCAUAUCAUCCUCGGAAGAAGCCUCGGCGGAGCCUACAGAGCCAGCAGAGCCAGUUGCGCCAGAAGAUCCUGCACAAGAACCGCUUGCCGAGGCGGAAGCCUUACCGGCAGACUCAUUGUCGCAACAAGGACAUUGCGAAACUAUAUCAGACUCUGAGCCCUUGGAUCAAGUGCCCCAAAUGGAGCAACCUGCGCCGGAAGUCUGCCCUCCCGAGCCACUCCCGAAUCGCGUUCCUUCAAACGCACCCAUCGAUGGUCCGUCUCGAAUCUCCAAGGGUAAGCAACCAGCCUCACCUCCAAAAGUGACUCGCCAAUCCUCUUCUCGUCGUCACCGAUCCUCCAGGCAUACUGUCAAGGAUGUCUCUCGUCAAGCACCUGAACCAGAAGCAGCACCUCCAACACAAUUUCAUCGGCGCAACUCCGCGGUCAUACCUCCUGAGCCUGUUCGCCGCCAGACCAAGACUCGACCAACUCGUGCCGAACUCGCAGAACAAGAGGAACUCAAACGUCGUGCCGCAAAACUCGCUGCCCAAGAAGCUGCGGUUCAACGAAAGCUCGAGCGAGCGAGAGCACGUCUAGUACUAGAGGAACAGGAGCGACAGCUUCAGGAAAGACAGGACGAACUAGCAAGAUUGGCGGCUGAGGAAAAAGAAAGGAAAAGAGCCAGAGACGAGCAAAAAAGAAGACGCAAGCAAGAAGCUAUGGAGCAAGACCGUCUUGAGCGCGAGAGAGCAGAGGAAGAAGUCAGAGUUGCAGUAUACGAACGUGCUGAGCGACAUAAGCGACGUAGAGAAGCAGAAGGUCGUGAUCACAGAACAGAUCGUCACAGGACUCGCAGACGUACCGCCACAAAUCAGGAAGAAGCCAGAGAACCUUCACCCACUCCACAGCCCAGAGCACCAAGAUCAAGAGACGAGAUAUAUAUAAGGGAGGUGCCGUCAUCUCCAAGACGACACCAUCGAAGCUCUCGUAGAGAAGAUGAGAAGCCCAAGAAAGGCUUCUUUGGAGGAAUUAAGAGCAUGUUCAAGAUAUGA